AUGGCACCAGAAUUGAGAAAGAGAAAGUCUGCUUCUGACAUUCAGAAGCCUAAUGGCGCUGCCAAAGCUGCCCAGCCUAAGCGAAAGGCCCCCGCCGAUGCGUCGCCUGUGUCGCUGAAGAAGCAGAAGUCUGUCAAGAAGACUGCCGUCACAACAAAGGUCGCCGAGAAGCCGGCGCAAAAGUCCAAGAAGAGCAAGCCCGUCGAGGAAGUCAAGGUCGUCGAGGAGGAGUCCACCACGCUCGAUAUCCCCGAUGAGUCCGAUUCAGAGGCUGAGGAGGGCAAGGAGGUCCAGGCGAUCGUAGAGGAGCUCGAUUCCGGCGACGAAGACAUGACCGAGGGCGACUCCAACUUCAAGCCCGGCCAGGACGUUGGCAAAAUCCCCAAGGUCUCUAAGGACGUUCAGAAGGCUGCCAAGGCCUCCAACGAGGAUGCUGGCGUUAUCUACAUCGGUCGCAUUCCCCACGGUUUCUACGAGCACGAGAUGAGGCAGUACUUUGAGCAAUUCGGUCCCAUUAUUGCGCUGCGACUCUCGCGAAACAAGAAGACUGGUGCCAGCAAGCACUACGCUUUCGUCAAGUUUGCCGAGGCCUCUACCGCCGAGAUCGUCGCCAAGACUAUGGACAACUACCUUCUAUUCGGUCACAUUCUCAAGUGCCGAGUUAUUCCCAAGGAGCAAGUCCACGACGAUAUGUUCAAGGACGCCAACCGACGAUUUAAGAAGGUCCCAUGGAACAAGAUCGCCGGUAACAACCUCGCGAAGCCUUUGAGCGAGUCUGCUUGGGCCAACAAGGUUGAGAAGGAGAACACCAAGCGCUCUAAGAGGGCUGCUAAGCUCAAGGAGAUUGGCUACGAGUUUGACACUCCCGAGAUCAAGGACGUCCCCGCCCCUGUUGCGGCUAUCGAGAACGGCGAGGCCGAGACCGAAACCAAGGCUAUCGAGGAGGCCAAGCCCGCUGAGAAGGAAGAGGAGACCAAGGCCGAGGAGCCCGCUGAGGUUGUCGAGACAGUCGUCGAGGAGACCGAGGUCGUGACCAAGUCCAAGGCAGCCCCCAAAGCAAAGGCUGCAAAGGGCAAGGCAACAAAAGGAGGCAAGGGUCGCAAGACCAAGGCUUGA